AUGUGGCUUCGACAAGAGUACAAACCUGAAAAACAACGGUUCGAAAAUCCAUUUGAACUUGAAGUUGACAGGGGUUCUGACGCUGAUCGAUUAGGAGAAGGGGACAACGAACUCUACAAUGGCGUGUCUCUCAUAAAACUUCGACAGAGUUACACAGCUCUUGGAACAACUGUUUGGGAUGGAAGUAUUGCACUCGCUAAGAUGUUCGAUAAUCGAGAUAUAUUUCCUUUACACUAUUUGCAGGAAUGUCGAGUUUUAGAACUUGGAGCUGGCUGCGGUUUAGUGGGAAUUUAUUUGUGUUUGUUAGGUGCGAAAAUGACCGUUCUAACUGAUCAGAAAUGUUGUGUAAAAACUCUUGAAGACAACGUGGCAGCAAAUGUGACUGGAGUUGGUCGGAGUAGAAUCAAGGUUGUGGAAUAUUGUUGGGGGAAGAGCACAGAAGAUUUGACAAAAGAUGGUCUGUUUCAUCUCAUUCUCGCUGCAGAAUGCCAAUCAUUCAGCGGACGACUCUGUGCUACUCGCUCGGUGCAUCACAAAAUUAGCAAAACCUGA